AUGAUGGACCGUGGCACCGUGCAUGUGUCGGCGCCCUCCCUGCACGCCCACGCCCACAUGACGGCCCUGACGGCGCCCUCGCUGCCCCAGCGCUCGCCCUUCGCGAUCCAGGAGCUGCUGGGCCUCGGCUCACAGUCGGACUCCCCGCCCGCGCCGCCCGCGUCCUCGUCCUUCGGCGCCGGGGGCUCCCUGGGGGCGGCGCCCCACCUGCUCUACUCCCGCCACGCCGCCCUCGCCGCCCACCAGCAGCACUCCCUGUUCCCCGACUCCCGCCAUGUGUGGAUGAAUCACGCCCUGCUGCCCGGCAUGGGCAUGGGCGGCCUGGGGGCGCCUGUCACGCCCGUCACCGUCAGCAGCGGGAUGCCCUCCAUGCUGGGGCUCAGACACGACGCCCACGCGCCCCCGCCCGACGCCCACAGUCCAGGCUUGGAUUCCUCAGACUCUAUGAGCAAACCCUAUGACGGACAAAACAUCAGUCUCGGGAAGAAGAAAAAGAAGAAACGAAGACAUAGCCGGACCAUCUUCACCUCAUUCCAGCUGGAGGAGCUGGAGAAGGCGUUCAAGGAGUCGCACUACCCGGACGUCUACGCGAGAGAGAUGCUGUCCCUCAAGACCGACCUUCCCGAGGACCGGAUACAGGUGUGGUUCCAGAACCGGCGGGCGAAGUGGCGGAAGACGGAGAAGACGUGGGGCAAGAGCACCAUCAUGGCGGAGUACGGCCUCUACGGCGCCAUGGUCAGGCACUCGCUCCCGCUGCCGGAGACCAUCGUCAAGUCGGUGGACGCGGGAGAGGAGUGCCCCGCGCCCUGGCUGCUAGGUAUGCACCGAAAGAGCUUGGAGGCCGCUCAGCAGCUGCAAGAGUCAGAGGCCGACGGAACGACCUACAACCCCACACGCCCUGAGCCCACCACCAGCCUGCACGCGGCGCCCUCGGCCUCCCAGCCCACCCCCGCCCCUCUCUCCGAUGACCUGCGCUCCUCCAGCAUUGCGGUCCUCCGGCAGAAGGCGCAGGAGCACGCCGCCAGGAUGAGCCUCAACAACAACAUGGCGGGGCUGCACCACCCGGAGCCGCUCCACCACCACCACCUCGGCCACUUCUGAUCCCGCACGCCCACAGGGCCGCCCACGCCCGACGCAACGCCGCCGCCAGGAGCACCCACACCCCCUUCGCCACCUUCGGGAACCUCAAUGACACUACGAACGCCUUCAGGAAACCCCGCGGACGCCGGCUCCGAGACCGACGCAGCGAGUCUCCGGCCGCACCAACGCUAACUUCAGAACACCUGCGCGAAGAGAACAGACGAGACCGCGGAGGACCGCCGUUGCCCCGAGGCACGCUUUGGGACUCCUUUCGGAAAUCCUCACGAGGCAGAAGUGUCUGUCCCUCUCGUCGUGAACACUGAUCCCAUAAUCAAGGACCAUUGGCUUGAGCUCAAACUAGCCAUUUGUACAGGAAAGGAAAAACAAUAGGAAUUUAUGCUUGGCAUACUUAAAGCAUUGCUACCAUUCUGAGCCACACAGUUUUAAAACGGAUGCAGAUAGCAAAAUUAUGCUAACUGUAGUGCCAGCUAAAAGUCCCUAGCGGUAACAAAACAAGGAUGUUUGUUUAAUUUUUUUCUCAUCGAUUAUUAUUUACAUAUUACCAUU